ACUGAACCGUUGACUGAAGGUUGGUGUUGACUAGUCAACGACCCGUUGACUGAAACCAACGUUGAAUAUAUUUAAAAUUAAAUUAAAUUUGUUCGCGCCGGCGCGAAAUUAGCUUCAAUGUUCCGCCGUCUGCCGUGCGUAGGUGGGGGCGUCGUCCAUGUUGUUAAAGUUUCAGUCGAUGACGUCAGAGGGUCAGAGAACGGGCGCCGAGGUGUGGGCUCAGCUCGCUCCGACGUUAUGACAAUAUACCGCAUAAAAUAAGUGUGAAUCCUUCUGUAACCCCCCUUUCAAACAUUUUUUGUACAUAAUGUAUUUUAUACGGAACUCAUUCAAGGAUUAAUCCCCGUGCCAUGUGCCGCGUUACGUGAGUGAAAAACUCGAGUUAAUUCGACGAGAUAUUCAGUGAAGAGUUGAUUAAUAUUUUCAUUUCUGUGUCGUGUUUUUUUUUUGUUGAUGUUUUGUUAAAUCUUAUUUCAAUCGCACAUGCAUAUUAAUAAAUGCAUAUAUGUAUUUUUUAGUCUUCUCUCUUUGUAAACGCGAUCGUGAGUGUGUGUGGUAAAGUCUGUAUAUUUUUUUUCCAUUCGUGAGUGAAGAGAAUAUCAAGAUGGCGCAUAAUUUAGCACCAAGCGUGAAUUGUUCGUUGGACGACAUCGAUCUCAACGCUCUAAAGGAUCCUGCUGGCAUAUUCGAAUUAAUCGAGGUCGUCGGCAAUGGAACAUACGGUCAGGUGUACAAAGGUCGGCAUACGAAGACUGGACAAUUGGCGGCCAUCAAAGUUAUGGACGUUACAGAGGAUGAAGAGGAAGAAAUAAAACUGGAAAUAAAUGUGCUUAAGCGGUACUCAAAUCACAGGAAUAUAGCAACCUACUAUGGUGCUUUCAUAAAGAAAUCACCACCGGGCAAAGAUGACCAGCUUUGGUUGGUGAUGGAGUACUGCGGAGCAGGCUCUGUUACUGAUCUGGUAAAAUCGACCAAAGGUCAGAGCCUCAAAGAAGAAUGGAUCGCCUAUAUUUCCAGAGAAAUACUCAGGGGUCUCAGCUAUCUCCACAGCAAUAAAGUUAUUCAUAGAGAUAUUAAAGGGCAGAAUGUCCUGCUCACAGACAAUGCUGAAGUCAAAUUAGUUGACUUUGGUGUGAGCGCACAGUUAGACCGUACUAUUGGACGCAGAAACACGUUUAUCGGUACUCCAUAUUGGAUGGCACCAGAAGUAAUUGCCUGUGAUGAAAAUCCUGAUGCAACGUAUGACAACCGAAGCGACUUAUGGUCCCUCGGUAUCACUGCUCUAGAAAUGGCAGAGUCUCAGCCUCCGCUCUGCGACCUUCAUCCUAUGAGGGCAUUAUUUUUGAUCCCACGAAAUCCACCUCCAAGACUAAAGUCCAAAAAAUGGGCAAAAAAGUUUCACGGAUUCAUUGAGACAGUACUUGUCAAAGACUAUCAUCAAAGGCCUUACACAGAGCAACUGUUGAAACAUCCUUUCAUUCGGGACCAGCCCACAGAGCGGCAAGUGAGAAUCCAAUUGAAGGACCACAUUGAUCGCUGCAAGAAACGCAAGCAAGAAAAAGAACGAGACGAUUACAGGUAUAGCGGUAGCGAGAAUGAGGAAGAAGAGUCUGCUUUGGCUGGCGAACCUUCUUCGAUAGUUCAAGCUCCUGGAGGUGAUACACUUAGGCGUAACUUCCAACAGAUUCAGGAAGGAAGGACGCUCACUCAAGAUGCUCCGCAACCUCCUGCCAAGGACAAAGGUAGACGAGAAAUUCCAGAACCAGGGCCACCUGCUCGUCCUGCCAUACCACACAGACUCAUCGACCCACAGCCCCCCUCUCGGCCUUUGCCGCCGACACCUCGUGAUGAUCCAAGACAACCCCAUAAGGUCUCUACACCGCCCUCUAAUCAUCAGGCCCCAUCCAGCGGAGGUAGUGGCGGAUCGGGAGGUCAAUCAGCGUCACAAAGGAACAGUCAUAUCUUCAAACCCAUGCCGCCGCCGAAGAGGCCAGAGGACUUGGACAUGCUGGCUGCUCAACUCAACGAGCUUGGUGUGUCACAGGGCCCUGAAGCUCCGCCAAGGCCAAAUAGACAACACAAAGGCUCUGCACCGCCUGCGUCCACGUCAGCAUCCAACUCAGCACCUGCCAAUGAUCAAAACAGCAAACAGAUUCAACAAUCUUCCAGUAUUCUCGAUCAGGCACUGUCGGUUGAAAGUGACAGUGACGAUGAUAUCGAAGAUGCAUCUGGAAAUAAUCUACGAAAUGAUGGCACGUUACUUGCCAGUGAUCCCCCAAAACCACUUCCUGAAUUUUCUCCUUACAGACCGCUAGAUUCGUCACAUAAUGCCCAAAACUCGCACCACGAAGGUAAACCAAAAGGCUGGUUAUAUUCAGGUGGUGCACCCAACAGACCAUUACCACCUACUCCGGAUGAUGAAGAAUCAGGAGACAGAACCCUAGUAAUACAAAGAAAACUUAAUCAGCCGGACGAUAAAGUGGGAAACAACAGACGGUCCGAAAUCGACGAGCAGUUGCUCUUGAAGGAGUGGGAUUUUACCCGCUUCUUCCAAGGAUUUAACGAAAGGCUGGACAAAAUGAAGCAAGAAGUAACCACCAAGUCCAGCAGCGAAGAAAGAUCUUCCUCGUCGAGCGAGAGAACCUUGAAAAGGUCAGAUGUGGCUCAGAAAAAGUUUGAUCAAAUCAAACCAGUUCAUAGACGUCAAGAAUCCGAUUCGAAACUCGCCAAUGGACCAUUCACCAGAGCAUUCAGAAGAGAAAAUUCUGACUUCUUCCCAUCGACCAGGCACUCCGCUUAUUUGCAAAAGUCUGAUGCAAAGCCGAGCAUAUUUGCCGGUGGCAACAGACGGGGUAGCGAAAUAAGCAUAGCUGGAAUAGUAGGGAAGAAGAGUGGCAUGAGUGGUGAACCGGUACUUACUGACUUUUCGUUUGGCGAGAGGCCUCAGAGACCAAGGCGGGAAAAGACUGAGAGUGAAAUUGUCUUUAGAAACAGACAAGAUUUGAGAGAUCAAUUAGAGGCCAGAAGACUAGAUGUCGAAGCUAGAUUCUCCCGCGAAGCUGACAAAAUGAGGAGACGCAGCUCUCGACCAUUGGAUACGUCGGAUACAGGCACAAUAAAAUCAACGGCCAGCACCACUGCUAGCGAAUACAGCCCUGUCACCCAGAGUCGGGAAGGAGAUCGUCGUGGAGGUGAGUUCCAGAGGUCAGACUCAUCCCCUGGGUCAAGACCGAGUUCCGUUCUUCCGGAUCUCCUUACUUCAUCUCCAGGUCAACGACAGGACAAGUCGACUAGUGAGGAGUAUCGACAGGCAGUUAAUCUCCCUCCAAAUGUGCUCCAGCAGAAACAGAAAUCAUUCCUGACUUUUGGAUUUAACGCUGGUUCUGCGAGGAGAGAAUCCCACGUGAAUGUCAACGUGACACCUACUAGUCAUGACUUGGCCUCGGAUACACCGGAGAUACGGAAGUACAAGAAAAGAUUCAACAGCGAAAUCUUAUGCGCCGCGUUGUGGGGAGUGAAUCUUCUAAUCGGUACGGAAAAUGGCCUGAUGCUGUUGGACAGAAGUGGGCAAGGAAAAGUCUACCAGUUAAUCAGUCGAAGAAGGUUCCAACAAAUGGAGGUCUUGGAAGGGCAGAAUAUUCUGGUGACUAUUAGCGGUAAGAAAAAUCGUGUACGGGUCUAUUACCUCUCAUGGCUGAAAAGCAAGAUCCUACGCACGGACGGACACAGCGACCAAGUUGAGCGACGUAACGGGUGGAUCAACGUCGGCGAUCUUCAGGGAGCGGUGCACUUCAAAAUAGUUAAAUAUGAGCGAAUAAAGUUCCUCGUUAUCGCCUUAAAAGACUCGAUAGAAAUAUACGCCUGGGCUCCGAAACCAUAUCACAAAUUCAUGGCCUUCAAAUCCUUCGGCGAAUUGGCGCACAGGCCACUCCUCGUAGAUCUAACCGUCGAAGAAGGCACAAGACUGAAAGUCAUCUACGGAAGUGCCGACGGUUUUCACGCGGUUGAUCUGGACUCCGCAACGGUCUACGACAUAUAUCUUCCAAAACACACGCAAGGACCUAUCUGCCCGCAUUGCAUCGUUGCUUUGCCAAAUAGUAAUGGAAUGCAACUUUUACUGUGUUACGACAACGAGGGAGUUUACGUAAGCACCUACGGGCGUGUGGCAAAAACCAUGGUCCUACAAUGGGGAGAAAUGCCCACAAGUGUAGCGUAUAUUGGCACAGGUCAAAUAAUGGGCUGGGGUAACAAGGCGAUCGAAAUUAGAAGUGUAGAAAGUGGGCAUCUCGACGGUGUAUUUAUGCAUAAAAAAGCGCAACGGCUCAAGUUCCUUUGUGAACGUAACGAUAAGGUCUUUUUUUCGUCGGCAAAGGGAGGCAGUUCCUGCCAAAUUUAUUUCAUGACGUUGAACAAACCAGGCAUGGCUAACUGGUGAUCUCGAAUAAGGCCGAACUUGGCCCCACCACAAAUGCCACCAUAUCCAUCCCAUCUAUUAGGAUUUUCCCCUGGACACCCCGUAACUCACUAUUCACUGCCACGGUCAAGUAUUAUGGGAGGUAAACAGUGCGUCCAUCAGCGUCGUAAGCUGUAUUCUCAGCCACGAAACACUCCGCGAACACUUAACGUCAUCAAUCUCCUUGUAAAAAGGUUUUUAUGCUUUUUCAUGUGCCCUUGCAGCGUAUGCAGCAACGCCUAGCUAUGCUUUCCCAUUAUAUGCUUUUCAAAUUAAUCGAUAAUAGGUCAUUGUUUCCCUCAUUUGAAAACUUGGUUAAUCGAAAAACGUCUGAAAUUAUUUAUUAUUUUGAAUUACCCCACCCCUCUGCCCCGGGUUCCCUGGUAGAUUUUUCACGUUUAGGAAAACUAAAUUCGUUUCUAACUUCACAAUUCAAAAUUUGUGAUAACCGAAUUAUUUGGUGUCGGAAGUUUGGUACUGAACAUGUAUAAGUUCGCGAUCACUUUUCUUAAGACGUUUUUAUUUUCAUUCUUUUCGAAAUACAGUAAAACUAAAAAAUACAAAACGAACAAAAAAAAAAAAUCAUAUACAUGUAUUGGCAGUGUUUCUAAUAAUUGUAUUUAGUACCGAGUAGUUAUAAAGUAUAGCCAGGUUUUCACCGCGUUUUAAUUGACGAACGCUUAGAGGGUCAGUGUUGGGUAAAAGAUUAGAUUUCUGACCUAAUUCAAUGUUGCCCUUAUGUAUUUAUAAAACUAUUAAAUAAGUGAGAACUUGUCGUUAGGUAUGUUUGAACGUGGGAAAAGCUGACAGAGAUUAAAAACAAAAGCAAAGAGAAAAGAGAAAAGCAAACCUAAGGUGAUAAAAUCUUUUGUAUUCCACAUAACAUCAAUAUUUUAUGUCCCACAAAUUUUAUUUUCUAUUAUCGUUUAAUCCAAAUUUAUCACAAAGCAUUUUCAAAGCAACGGGUCAUCAAUACAGACACCGUUAGCGUUCUCAUUAUUAUUAGAAUAAUUAUAAUUAUUAUUAUUAUUCUCACGGAUAAUUUGGAUCAUUCCAUACGACUUUUUCAGAUUUCAAAGGAAACAAAAAAAAAAAAGAAAAGAUAGUUUUCCCUCUUUUUUUUCAAUAUGCUAUCAACGUUUAUAAUAUAUUAAUAAUUUUAGUGACAAUUUAUAUAUUAAUAGGCCACAAUAUUUGUACAUUGUUAUAUUUGAGAAUGGAAAGAAAAAGAGAAGAAAAGAAAAAAAAAAUUAGCUAUCACUUAGUUGUUCUGAUAAUUGUUUGUUUUUUUUCUUUGUUCAUUUUUCAUUUCUUAUAUUCUCUUCAACUGUUCCCAGCAGAAAUUAAUAAAAAUUAAAAUAAAUUAAUAAUACCAACCGAAGACAUAUGAUCAACAAAAAAUAAAAAGAAAAGAAUGAAUAAAUGAAAUAAGUGGACUGAUAAUUAGUAUACAUACAGGUAUAGUCCUCAGCACCAAUGAUCGAUCGUUUUUAGUUUGUAGCGUGUGUAUUUUAAAUGUAUGGAUUCAUGAAACUGUGAUAAAAUAUAAUUGGCGAUUAUCGCAGUAGUGCGAAUAGAGAAAAAGAAUUCUAGCGGAAACACCAAAUGACGUGUGGAUGUUGACGAAGCAUUGACAAUUUUCGAACAAAUCGUGGAAGUUCAGUAUCGUCAUAGACAACCAUUGACGUAUGUAGUUAGAUUAUUUUGGAUAUGCACGCUAUCUAAUCGAUCACCGAUUCAUAAUUUGCUACUUGAAAAGUAGUGGAGUGAGAAAAAAAUUAAUAAUAUCCUUCUGAUAUCAUAAUAUUUACUUACUUAUAAAAGAAAUAAAAAAGAAAAAAAUUAGUCAAAAGCAAAGUCACAUUUAUAGAUAAAAAUAAAAUGGUAAAAACAAUAAAUAAAGGUAAAACGAACGAGAGGUAUUCGCAGAUAAUUUUAUGUGUCGACCGAGAGACAGUUAUUAUUACGAUUAUUAUAUAUUGUAAGAAAAAAAAGGAAAAAAAAACGAGAAAAGAAAAAAGAAAAGAAACUCCCAUUGUUUCGUACCGGCUUUACAUUAUGUUAAUGAAAUAAAAUUGGUGAUAAAAUUUAAAGCUAAUCGGAAAGUGGCAGUUUUAAGUAGUAAUGUAUCCAUACUAAAGAAACAAAACAAAAUAAUAAUAAUCAACAAUAAUAAUAAUAAUGUUUUUCAAUUAAGUGUCAAGAGUCAUGUCUGUUUCUAUAUUAAAUAAUUGAUUCAUUGAUUAUUGAUUAGCGUUGAAAAUAAUUCACCCUUAAUUGUACCGAUCACCUAGUUUUCGUUCUUAUUUUUUUCAAUCAUUUUUCAACGCCAGUCUUUAUGUUAUCUUAUUUUCUUGUUUUUUUUUUCUUAUGGUUUUCUCUUUUACGUUGUUUUUUUUUUUUGUUCUAUCGAUAUUAGGUGAAAAAGUGUAUAAAGUAUGGUAUGAUAAUGUCACAACAGGCUCAAGAAGUCUUACACAUAAUAAUUAAUCCUUAAUUUUUUUACCGUAUUACUAGAAUGCUAUAUCCUACCUACAAUCUUCUUCAUCGCGUAAUUCUAUCGUUUCUGUUAUGUCGUUUAUUAUAUUUUGUGUUGACGAAUUAUUAUUACGGCUAUCAUUAUCAUUAUUAUUAUUAUUAUUAUUAUUAUCAUCAUCAUCAUCAUCAUCACCUUUUUCCUCCACCCUCCUAUUACUUGACGCCACCCUAGUGUAUAUUCAAGAGUUAAACCCCGACAAGUUCAAUUAUGAAAUAAUGUUGAUCGGUUAAUUGAACAUUAUACACCUAUACCUAUACCAAUAUGUAUAUUGUACAUAUAUGCAUACAAAAUAUGGACACAAUAUGCAUUUACAAUGCAAAAUUAUAGAUGAUAACAAUUAAUAAUUAUCCAUUUUCUGUCGAUGAGAAAACAAAAAAUUUAAAAAAGAACUGGCUUUAGAUUAUAAACGAAAAUAAUUCAAAUAAAUUGAAAAUAAAAUAUAAUAAUGAUAAAAACAUCUAAACCAACAAGUCAUAAAUAUCAUAAGGACAAAUCAAGAAAGAAAAGAAAGAAGUAACACUUCAAUCUUGCAAGUGAGGACUGAGAAAGUCUGUAUAUCAAUUGGAGGUGUAAUAUCUGAUAUUGAGAUUGCAUUGAGGAAAAAAGAAAAAAUGGAAAAUAGCAAGUUCUCCAAACUUCUAUAAAAGAAAAAACCUAAUAUGAAAAACGAUAGCGUUACGUAAUAUAAAUAAAUAAAUACCGACCUUUAAAUUUUCGCUACGCUGGUUCAAGUUUGUAUUGUAUUAGGGUAAUUACCCCUGCCCCCCUUCUCUCUCCUCUAUCUUUCUCUCUCAACUCUUUCCUGUUUUUGUGAAUGACGGAAUGGUAUUAAAAUUAAUUACACUAACAAUAAUGAUUUUGACGAAAAAAAAAAGAAAAAAAACGUGUUUGAUAUUAGAAUAAAAUGAAAAUGCAUCUCCAGUUUUUAUACAAUUACAUAAGAUAUUUAAGUAAAAUAAAAUUGAAAUAAAAAACGCACGAUCCCUACCCCCCAACUAAUCCCUGUUUGUAUAUUAAAAAAAUAAGAAUACGAAAAAAAAACGAAUAAAAAAUCGUGUGAAAGUAAGAAAGAACGAAAAUAAAAAAAAAUAACUUUUACAUAAUUAUGAUAAUGAUUAUUGUUCGUUCAGUUAUGAUUAUUUUUUAUUAUCAUUAUUAUUUCCAAUAACAAAAGUUGAAGAUUUGAAUUAUACAAUAAGUAUAGGUUUUUGAUAAAUUAAUAAUCGAUUCCGAUGUAAAUGAAUAAUGAUUGAACAAAAAGCGAGAACGAAAUGUGGAACAGAAUAUAUUGAGAUUCUCUUUGAAAUUGAGAAUUUCUGUUCCGAAGUAAUAAUUAUGUGAAUGCCUAUUUAUACGAUAGGAAUUUUGUCCUCAUGAUGUAUUGUUAUACCAGGGACGACGAAUUUAUUCAAUUUUUUUUUCUUGUUUCGUUUUUUGUCUUUUUUAAUUCUGAUUUUUGACGGUAUACAAGAUAUUUACAAUAAUGAUCUUACAAAUUAGUUAGUCAAUAAUUCGUACUCGAUAGUAUAUUAUUUAUAGUAUAAUAGUCUGAAAUGUAGAUCAGCAUGAUUUCAAAAGAAUACAAUGGGUUUUGUAAAAAAUAA